UGCUAGCCGGUGCAUGAAUGAAACCUACAGGACCUUAUAGGCGGCAGAUAUGGAGCUCAAAAUUCAAGUAACGCUACCCUUUCUUCUUGUUCAGGUACUGCUACAAGUAUUUGCAAUGAAUUUGGACUGCACACCUGGAUUCCAGAAGAAGAACUAUCAAGUCCUUCAGUCGUCAGAUUUUAAAAAGGACCAGUUCAUUCUGAAAGUGCUAUUUGAUGACUGCAAUGGGAAUGAAGGGCUGGAGUUUUCAAUUUCUAACCCAGACUUUCGGGUUGAAGCAGAUGGAUCUGUGUUUGCUGUAAAAGCAAUGGCAGCCAGUGUGCCAGGAUUCCUCAUCCAGGCAACGUCUGUUCAUGCGCAGGACUUGGCUGAAGUCAGGAUUGUGGGAGAAGAAGACAAUCGUAGUAGUGUUUUAAAGGAGAGCCUGAAAAUUGGAAACACCUCUAUUCUCCACAGAAGAAAAAGAUCUUUGAUAGCCCCUCCCAUAUCGUUCCCUGAGAAUCAAAGAGGACCAUUUCCCAAAGUUAUUGGACGGGUAAUAACUGACAGGCAAGACGGCAUAAAAUUUCAACUUCAUGGUAAGGGCGUGGACGAGGAACCAAAAGGUGUUUUCAAAAUCAAUGACCAAUCUGGAGAAAUCAUUGUCACCCGUUCCCUGGAUCGCGAGGAGAUGGACAUGUAUAUUCUGCAAGUUGAAAUUACCGAACCCACUGGGAAACUCCUUGAAGGACCAGCCACCCUGUACAUCACGAUUAUUGAUCAGAAUGAUAACAAACCUCUCUUCAGGGAAGGACCGUACGUGGGCCAUGUCCUGGAAGCAUCCCCUACUGGAACUACAGUAAUGCGCAUGACAGCUUACGAUGCAGAUGACCCCAAUACAGACAAUGCAGUUCUGCGCUACAGCAUCAUUAAACAGACACCAGAGACACCAUCUCCGAACAUGUUCUACAUAGACCCGGAGAAAGGAGACAUUGUCACUGUAGUGCCGCCUUCAAUCUUGGACCGAGAGACUCUGGAAGUGUUGAAAUAUGAAUUGAUUGUCCAAGCUAAAGAUAUGGCAGGCAGUGAUGUGGGAUUGACAGGCACAGCAACGGCAACUAUCAUCAUCGAUGACAAGAAUGACCACCCACCUGUAUUCACCAAAUCUAUGUUCCAAGCUACAGUGAACGAAGGAUUUACUGGAAUUAUAGUGAAUCUUACUGUAGAAGACAAUGAUGACCCAGCUACUGGAGCUUGGAGAGCUGUCUACACCAUUAUCAAUGGAAACCCUGACAUGAACUUCAAAAUUGAGACAAAUCCGAAGAACAAUGAUGGAAUGUUAUUUGUUGACAAACCUUUGGAUUAUGAAAGAUCUGCAUUUCACACACUGCUGAUUAAGGUGGAAAAUGAAGAUCCAAUCAUGCCUGAGAUUAGUUAUGGUUCCAGUUCCACCACCACCGUGCAAGUCACCGUUCUUGAUGUGAAUGAGCCGCCUGUUUUCAAUCCGGACCCAACAAUCGUAGUCAAACCGGAGAACAUCCCAAUAGGCAGUGUUGUUGUGACAUUGAAUGCAACUGACCAAGAUAUCCUUCAGAAACAGACAAUUAAGUUUGCACAGUUUCAGGAUCCUGCUGGUUGGCUGGCGAUCAAUCCUGCAAAUGGCACAGUUACAACCAAAGCAGCCCUGGAUCGAGAAUCUCCUUAUGUCCAUGACAGCCAAUACACCUCCUUAUUCCUUGCGAUUGAUAAUGGUGUUCCUGCUGCUACUGGCACUGGUACCUUGAUUAUCACCAUGCUGGAUGUGAAUGACAACCCACCCUCCGUUUUCCCAACCACAGCAAAGUUCUGUGAGGAUACAAAAGAUGUCAACAUUGCUAUCUUGGGGGCAACAGACAAAGAUCUCCAUCCUAAUGCAGAUCCAUUCAAAUUUCAACUGGGCAAGCAACCUGGAAUUGAAAAAACCUGGAAGAUCACUCAAGUAAACAGUACCCAUGCUCAACUCAGACUCCUGCAGACACUGAAAAGAGCAAACUACAUUUUGCCAAUUGUAGUGACAGAUGGGGGAAAUCCCCCACUGACUAACAGUACAGAUGUUCUGGUGCAAGUCUGCUCCUGCAAGAAGAACAAAAUGGACUGCAGCUCAGCCAACUCUCUCCACAUCAGCGUCAUGCUCCUCCUGGCCUCUAUCAUCACGUUGAUCUGCCUGUAACAAGUGCUGAUGUUGGUGCUGCCUACUGAGUUGCUGCGGCAACAAGAAGGAAAAAAAAAGCCAAAUCCGAAGAGUUUACAGGAUUUACAGUUGCUCAAGUUCUAGACCUCCUUGCUCCAAGCACGCUUUAAUUUGUACCUUCACUAGUCUAUCAAACUGUGCUACGGUCAGUGACAGCCUCUGACCUUACUAGCUUCCACUAAUGGGUUCCACCUCUAUGAGCAAGUGUUGACGUUGCUUUACUUUGAAGUUAGACUGAACAACUAUGCAGAGGACUUGAGGACAGAAUACACAAUUAACCCAAUGCUCUGCUCCAGAAUAUUUUAAUUGUAAUGGCAUUGAAAAGAAGGAUAUUUUGUCAAAGCAAAACAUUUUCUACAGGAGACACUAUUUGGAAGCUAAGUAAGACAUGCUGUUGAUUCUUGUAAGGCAAAUUGUUCUCUGUGUGUCAAGGAAGUUUUAAGACAAAUUGUUCUAUCUGUGUGUCAAGGAAGUUAAACAUAGAUUGUGCGUAAGUGGUAAAUAUUGCUGUACAUGCUUUUGUUUCCCGUUUUCUUUUCUUUUCAAGCAGUAUUUUUAGGCAGAAUUAGAUUCAGUAACCUCUACACUGCCACAUACAGGACAGUACCACAUAUUGUGUUAAGAUUAUGAGCCUGUGCCAUCACUAACCACAUUUAAUCAAAAGUCUGCACAGCUUCAAAUUAAUGAACUUAAAUACCAAGAAAAGGGCGAGCAAAGGACAAUGUGCUUUAUUCUCGAAUAACUCAAGACUAAUGAGAGCUAAAUAUCCAGAUGACAUAAAUAUAGAUUCUGCUGAGAAAAGUGUUGUGGGCAGUUUUGUCAGAGUAGUUGCAAUGUUGCCAUGCUAAUUUGUGAUUUGGAUCUUUGAUACAAAUUAAAAGUAUUUGGCUCAGUGCUGUCUUAAACCGGUUUGGUUCUGUGUCACGAUGAGGCUUGUGAUAUAGUCCAGAUGGAAAUCACAAUACAGAAAUUUUCACAUUAAAUAUCUUGUAGCUUUACAUUUUGAGUAAUGACGACAAAUAGUUAUAUCAAUGCUCAAUAAGGAAAAUUACAACCAUCUGCCUAUUCCUUCAAUUUGACAUCACAUGAACGCAAGCAUAAGGACUGCAGGGGUCUCUUAGAGGAUCAUUGGCUGUUAGUCUUGGUGUUAUGGUAACUAUUUUUCAGACAAUAUUUUGGAAAUCUGCAGGUUGCAACUCAUUGCAACGUGCCCAGUAGUCUCCCAUGCCUUUUCCCUGUCUGUCAUAAAGAUGUUACCUAUCAAUGGCCUGUUGCAUUCACAUCGUUAAUUUACGUACUGUCCAUCAAAUCCAGCUCGCAGGCCCGCAAAAUGUUUGCCACCUUUACUUCACCACAAGUCUGCACAAUAGCCAUACCUCACAUGAAAGGUACAGCUGUAAUGCAAUUCUCUAGCGAACUUAAGUAAAAAACAAACUAUUGCUGCUGGAAGCAUAACCAAAAACAAAUAGUUUUAAAAGCUCCCUUUUCAAUUUGCAUGGUCCAAAGAAAGGAAGAAAUUUUAGAUACAUGGAAAGUUAUAGUUAAAUUGCUUAUAGAUGUGCACAUCUCUUCUUUCUUUCAGUUAUUCCACAUUUUACAUCAAGAGAUAGUUAUGUCUUCAUUAACGGCAAACCAUUUACUAUUUUGGGUUAAGAAACAGCCUUAUAUUAGAUUCCUUUUAAAUGGAGUAAAUAUAUGUGUGUGGUAACCACCAGAAGCCCAGAGGGAAUCACUAAUUAACCACCUUGUGAAGCUUGUUGAGUGCGAGUUCCUUUCGGCCUGCCCAAGUAGAACUCAUCACCUGAGUCUUUUAUAAAGCAGAACCAGUAGGAGGGGAAAAAAACUAAAACAGACCCAGGGAUGGCUUACAGAACUGUCUGUCCCGGCCUGAGACUAGCCUUUGCAUACCACAAUUUGUGGCUUUAUUUUGGUGUUCAACGAUAAACAAUGUUCCUUUCCAAUCGGGCUUCCUGAUUUAUAACCAUAUGUAACCCUGCUUUUGUUCUGGUAAUUCAAUGUCUUCUGAAAGAUGGAGAGUGUCCAAUUUCUUUAAAUUGUUUUUAAAGUCUCCUUAGCGACAAAAUAUCUUUCUUUUAUCCUUAUUGUUCUAUGAUAUUCGAUAUUAUGUGGUUUUCUACAAAAAUUAACUCGAGUCCUAGUCUUCAGGAUAAUUACUACUGUUGUGAGCCAAUUAGCAAUUUAAAUAAUAUCAAACAUUAGAGUGGAGAAUAAUUACAACAAUUAAACUAAGAUAUCAACUUCAGUAUUAAGAGAUGAGAUUUUGAAUAUGGUCUAUGAAUCAGUAUUAGAAGAUAUUUGUUAUUGACAGCCAUCAAGAUCACCAAUGAACUGAGGUUAAUUUAAUCUUCUGCUGAAAUUGAAAAUGAGCACAAAAUUCUUCUUCUUUUGGUAAAAUUAAGUCGGCAAGUUCCACUGUUUUAAUCACCCAAUGAAAUGAAGUCAGUACUGGGACUCUAGCUCUUUAAUACCCUUGCAGUGUGGGAAGACUGAAAGGUGAUUUUGACCUUGUUUAACAGUAUGAAAUGACAACCUGUUUUACAGCUCUCCUGAUUUUUAUUUCCAUUCAUGUCAGUGGAAAUACAAUGAGGAGAGAUAAAGCAUGGAACGUUGACUUGCCAUCAGUCAUUUCACACUGUCACAAAAGCUACCCUGCAGUGUGUUAAAUUGCCACUAAACUCCAUGUACCUCAGAACAAAACAGAAAUAAUACAUUUAUGACCCUCAACUCCUAUAAGAUUGGUACAAAGUUGAAAUCCACAUGCAAAACAAAUAAUGUAACAACCUGAACAUGUAACAUAACAGUACAAUUUGGAAACUGAAGGAACAACAGUAAAUUAAUAAAUGUAGUUACCACAGAAAAUAUAACAAAUAAUUGCAUCUGCAUAGAGGUGGCAUCAGACGUUCUGACAAUACUGUGUUUGUAUAUUGGGUAAAUAGGGUUAAGGGCUUGUUUAUUUGUGAUUUGUGGAAAUUAGGUCUAUCCCUUACUGGUAGCAUCCGCAUGAUCUGGAAGUUAAUUUGCUGUAUUUUGCCAGCCUCAUGGAGAUAGUGGAAGCUGUAUUGGGGCAGUGUCAGGACAUUAGAGGGAAAGUUGUGUCAGAUUGUCUCUCUGUUGUUUUCUCAGGGGUAGGCUUGGAACAAGCUCGGCUGUCAGCUCCAAUUCAUGAAACCAACAGAGGCCACACUUAGGGGCCAUUUUGCAAUGACACUGGUAGUUUCUCGCUAAUGGAGUGGCCCCUGCCAAGUGUAGAGGCUGCCAGCUCAAUUGAAGUGACCACCCAGUAGUAAGCCACAUGGCCAUUGGAGCUAGAAUCUGCAUGCCCCAAUAGCAUUACCGCAGGAAUCAAAGGCUGUCUGCCAACUUGUCUGUAUGCCUGGGGUGGAGUUUCCUACACAUCCAAUGAUCCUACUGGUUUCAGGCUUCAUUGUUUGUUGCCAUCUCUGCAGGUAGAUGCCUAUAACAUGAUAUACUUUGGUGGCAGUUUUAGUCUGGCCUAGCAGUCUUAGCAGUGCCCAUUUAUCCCAGUGUGUUGCAGCCCUGACAGCAGUGGAAAUCCUCUACCUGGAAUCCACUUUCUGCCCAACCUCUUAAUGGACAGGGCUCCCAGUGGCAGCUUUAUAUUUAGACACCAGGGAAAAUUGCAUCAGUCAUCUCACUUCCUAGUUUCCAAUCCAGAGCUGAAGCCAAUUUCAGGAUUACUAUGUAACUGAGAAAAUACAGCCUAUAAUGUGCCACUGAGUUACCAUAUCAGAUCUGUGACUUUCCAUCAAAACUCAUGACUUCUAGUAGACAGGACAGGCGUGAAACAGUAACUCUGUUCUUCUCUGGGAAGGCCCAAACAUACAUUCCAUAGAAUGGAUGUCUAGAUGUUAACUUAUGCAAAGAUAAUGAGAGUUACUACGGGAAGAAAAUGUCUAUCCUAAUUUCUUGAAGAUAUAUUUAUAACUUUGCAUAAGUCCAAAGAUAUUCCCACACUCUGGUUGAGAUUUUAACUCACUCAAAAACCUUACGUAGCAUUGAAAUCAGGCCCACAUGCAAAAUUCUUAACUCUAUUAAUUAGAUACGUGCUUUAAAUUCCAAAACCCAAGUUCAAUUUGCACCAGACUGAUGGGAUAGAAGCUCUCGUAUUUUCCUGACACUAAGGCUCCUAUGUAUAAUGAGGACGAACAGUUCUCGUCCACUUUCCAGUGUAGGCUCGAGCACACAUCACGAAACAUUUCGCAAUUUGGCUCAGGCUAGCAAAAAAGUUUGACAGCUUCUCACAGGAAGGCAACAAAAAUUACUGUUAACGAAAAGGAACAGUAAACUGCUGUAGUUGCUAUUGGGCCCUUAUACAUGAGACUUUACAUCUAAUCACACCAUACUUGGUAAUAGAAAAGAAGCUUAUACUGAAAAUCUGACAUAGAAACAGAAAAGAAAAUACUGGAAAUAUUCAGCAUUUCAGGCAGCAUCUGUGAAGAAAAACAGAGUUAAUGUUUCAGGUCAACGAGGUUCCAUCAGAAUCACUUAUUCAGUAUUUUGCGCAUUUUUCAUCCUUGGUAACGCUUGUUGUUGAUCUGAUGGCGUGAAAUUUUAAAAAUAUUCUAAAAAUCAAACAAAUUUCCUUCACCUUGACCACAAAGAAGUACAUUUUAAAAAUAAUAUUCCCUGAUUUUGAAAAAGAAAGUCUUCUGUUCUUUCCUUUACACUGUUGCUUUGCAUGUACUAUUUAUCUUAAACGCUGCUUUUUACUUCCAUUGAGAAUUAGGGAGACUAAAAGGCUUAUGAAAAAACACUCGGUGUUCCAGAAGUUAAUUUUCUAUACAGACUGUUAAUGGAAGAUAUGGUAUGGCUUAUUACUAAGAAUGAAUUACAAAUAACCAUGCUUUAAACUGCCUUAAAUCUGCAGUACAUUAAACUCUGAGCAUCGGGGAAAGCAAAAACAUUUCAGACAAUCCCUUAGAGAGCAUUUUAGCAAACUGUAGUGAUGUUUUAAAAGGACAUGUAUUAACUAUUUAAACAAUCAGGGCAUAUAACAUGAUGUGGCACUCUAGGAGUUCAAAAUACUGUAGUACUUUAUUAAUUAUAGUUCCUCUUAUUAAAUGUUACUUGUGAAAUGAAUCUUGGUAUCUUUAUUGGUGAAUGUACAAAUGCAAACUGAUGCACAUUAUGUUUCAGAUGCACAUAUUAAAUGAGAUUUUGUUAUUAAAAAAUUAUAUAUAUUUUUUUCUCUAAGUUUUAAGGGUUAAACACAGCUGCCCUGAACCUAGCAUACCAACACUAACCACUUUGUUUUUAAUGGUUUGAACUUCAAAAAAAAGGUUCUGUCGCCAAAUUGAUCCAUUUGGAUAGAGGUGCUGUUGAUUACUUAAUUAAAACAUAUUUGCUGAAAUGCUUGCUGUUACUUAGCUGUAAUAAAUGUUACAUUCAUGAACAUGAUGUGAUUACAAAAGAACUUGUAUUUAUUUGUGCGAUGCUGAAAUAAAGGAAGUCUGGGAUUUUA